UUAUUGAGCAUUAUGGCUGAUUCUGGGUUCCCAUUACCACCAGAGGCUUUCUGUCUUCUAUGUGCGGACACAGUGAGAGAUCCAGUCACUAUCCCUUGUGGUGACACUUUCUGCCUGGAGUGCAUCAAGAUUUACUGGGAUCAGUUCGACCACAUUGGUGUGUACAGCUGCCCACAGUGCCGUGCAACAUUCACACCUCGGCCUGUCCUGAAGCGAAACCUGCCAGAUGUAUACCAUGAGCCACAACGAGAGCUUCCAGAGCUUACUCCUUUCCCAUACUUGAAUCGUGAAGUCUACUGUGACUUCUGCAUUGGCCGUCGCAACAAAGCCGUCAAGUCUUGUCUGAUGUGUUUGGCUUACUACUGUGAAACACACGUCAAGCCUCAUUAUGAGUCAUCUACCUUCAAGCGGCACAAACUCGUAGAUGAGAUGGGUCAUCUGGACAGGAAGAUUUGCCCACAACAUGAGAAAGGUUUGGAGCUGUUCUGCCGCACUGACCAGAUGUGUAUUUGUGUGCUGUGUACUGUCAGAGAGCACCGCAGCCACAACAUUACCUCGGCAGAAGACGAACGCAUUGAGAAACAAAAAGUCCUGGUGGUCACCCAAACUGAAGUCCAGCACAUCAUUCAAGAGAGGAUGAAGGAGCUCCAGGAACUUAAGCAUAAUAUUGAUGUUCUAAAAAGUGCAGCCCAGCGAGCACAGGCAGAAAGUGACAAGACCUUCCAUGAAAUGCUGCAGGCAGUUGAACGCUGGAAGUCUGAAAUCAAUCAGAUGAUAAUGGCCAACAUGCAAUCAGCAAUGUCACAGGCUGACGGCUAUGUGGAUCGUCUGGAGCAGGAGAUAAUGGAGCUACAACGUCAAGAUGCAGAAUUACGGCAGAUCCUCGAGACGGAGGACAACAUUUACUUCCUGCAGAGUUUCCCAACCCUGUGUGUUGCUCCUGAGGCCAUGGUCCCCAAAGUGCUAAUUAACCCUCAGUUCUCCUUUGGAGAGAUGAGCAAAACGGCCAGUGACAUGAAAGAAAAUCUGGAUGACAUCUGUAAAAAGGAAAUGGGCAAACUCUCCAAGACAGUGAGUGAAACUCCCGUGUACAUAUUGUUGCCAAGAAAUGGAAGCAAACGACUCAAAGUUCCUUCGAAUGUAGAUUUUCAGGAGCCAAAAAACAGAACAGACUUCUUGAGAUAUGCCUGCAAGCUGUCCUUUGAUCCUAACACAGUUUAUAAAGAGCUGGUUUUGAUAGAUGGGAAUCAGAAGGUCACCCGGAAGAAAACAACCCAGUUUUACCCAGAU